AUGUCUACUACUGUGCAACACGCAAUUCAAGCCCCGGACGUUCUGCAAUUUACCCCAGAAACUCCAUUAGUUUACACUAUUGAGGUCUUUUCUCAAACCGAACUUCUCAAACAACCCUUCCUAUCUGAGCUUCAAGAAGUCAUCAACGAGAGCUACCGCGAUCCGGGUGGGGCUGCUUUCGAGAAAACGUCUCCUCGACUCAAGAGCGAGACCCAGCUUGCCAACGAGCUGCAAGAAACCGGCUUUACUGCCAUCGCAUUCGAUGGAAACGCGAUCAUCGGCUCAGCAAGCCUGAAAAUCUGGGCGCCCUAUUCUGAAGGCCCCGUGUGGAAGUUACCAGGCCACUUUGACCAGUUUCGCUCUGAGGAGAUCAUCUCGCCGAGUACCGCUCUACUAGAAAGUAUUAGUGACGAAGCUCAAAGUACAGUCUGUGAGGGGACGUUCGAACUCGCGGCGGUUGGUAUUAAGCCGAAUCCUCGAUACAGAAGAAAAGGCAUUGCGGAAAUUUUGGUUAGGGAGUGUGAGCAGGAAGCAAAGAGGCGCACUGGACUCCCCCAGUUGCGAAUCACGCUCAAGGUUGUCCGGGAUGUCGCAGGGGAUUAUUGGCUGAAGAAAGGUUUUCGUGUCAUCGGGGAACAAUACUGUCCUCCGUUAACAUGGGAUUAUAAGACAGGCUUUGUUCUUUGGGCUAUGGAGAGAGAGAUAUCUACUUUUCAGCAGAGCUAUAUUCAGGCUGUUCCUAUAUGUAAAUAA